CAGCCAACCAAAGUCAUUAUGGCAUGUUAUAUCACAAUCUUGACACAUUGUGUCUAAUUUAGUUGACAAGCAACAAAAGAAUAAAUUCGCAUGUUCUUUUCGCUGAAAUUCAACCAGAGAAUGUGCAUGCAUACGACAGUAGAAGUGCGUUAAUGUCGUGAAAAAAACUUCAUCAGACAUUAUCAAAUGAAGAGAAUACUGACUUUCCGGAAAAAGAUCAUUCUGUGUAUUUUGUGCAUAUAUUCCCUAUUUCUGAUAUGCAUACUGAUACUUCCUAAAUUUAACAUUCCUGCAAAAUCUGUGGAUUGUUCUACAUACAGCAGAAAUGUAAACUAUGUGGAGAGUAAGCUUCUUAAUGAAACAGAAUUGAAUUUCCUCAAAUUUCUAAAUAAAUAUUAUAGUGCAGAAGAAUUUAUAAAAACUGGUUCAUGGUUUCCAGUACCUAAUGAUGGCUACAUCUACUCGUCCUAUUUUGAUUAUUGUCCUAACUUCUUGCAGCAUGUUGGAAAACUCUGCAUUAAAUGUAUUGGCUUUGCUAAAGUGGAUUCCAUUAAAAGCAAGCCUUUAAAUUGUACUUUCAAUGCUAGCUCUUAUAAUAUUGGAUCAGGUGUGAUUGAAGUACAAUUAAUUCCUGAAUCACAUGACAAAGCUUAUUCAGCAGUAAAUUUGUUUUGUGUGAUGAAAGAAUUUAGUCAUGAUAAAUUUCAGCCUGAUUAUGUUGCCAUCCUUAGUUCUUCAGAUAAAAGUUUGUGGGUGCCUGUUAAGAGCCUACUCUCUAACGAAGCUUCCAAAAAUCAAAGGAUUAAUUUAUGUGUACGGCCUUUGUAUGGCAUGAUUCCUUUUAUCCGACUUGUUGAAUUUUUCACUUAUUAUUCUGUUAUGGGUGUUGAUCAUUUCACAAUUUAUCAUCAUAAUACUUCAAACCCAAUGCAAUUAUUUUUUAAGUUUUUAAUGAAUACAAACAUGAGUAUAGAUUUUCUUUCAUGGGAUAUUCCUGCAAGUAAUGAUUUAAUACAUGAAUUUGGUCAACUCAUUUUUACUCAAGAUUGCAUUACUCAAAGUAAGAAUAGAUUUACACAUACUAUUCUUGUUGACUUUGAUGAAAUGGUUGUUCCACAAAAUCAUCACAAUAUUAAAGCAUUGCUACAAUUUUUGGAUGAAGAAAACCCAAAUGCAGCAAGUUAUGUCAUUCCUAUGUCAUUAUUCUGUGAAGAAUAUUUCUUAGAAAAAGAUCCUACUACCUUUUUUCAUAUCUUGGACCAUAACAAAAGACAAAAAUCAUCGUGGCAACAUACCUUUCGUUCUAAAUAUAUUGUCAGACCAGAAAGAAUUUUGGUUGGUGGGGUACAUUUUGUGUGGCAGCACGAGUAUAUAUGGAGUGAUGUAUUUGUUUCAGACUCUUUAGCAUUAUUAAAUCAUUACAGGAGCUGCUGUGGUGUUCAACAAACAUGGUUCCUUCACUUAUUUAGCUUUGAUGUUUUGACGGAUACUAUAAUAGCUGAUAACCAUUUGAUUCAACAUAAAAAUGCUAUUUUAAAUCAUAAAUUAAUGAGAUCAUUUUUAAGUCGUGUUAUGCUGCUCAAAUAAGUUUAAAAGUUUUUUUUUUUAUUUUUUAAUUUAAAUAACUGGUGCCUGUUUUGUGUAAUAAACUUAUGAUUUUUAGACAAAUAAUGGUGUAUUGUAACUUAGUAUUAGUAGGAAUGUAGUGUACAAUAAGGAUUUCAAAUGCCAAAUUUUGGUUAAAAAUAACGGGUAUUUUUUCACUGUGAAUGUUGAUUUUCUACAUAAUUGUUUUGCAUAAACACCCAGUACAAAUCUUUUACUGUAAUGUAUAUUUUUUAUAUCUUCUACUAUACAUUCCAUUUUUUUGUAGAAAACUGUUAAUAAAUAUGUUUUGUGA